UGAGGCUGUGGUGCGUCGCAGUCGUAAUUUCGUUAAAAUUGAUUUAAAAAAUGCAAAUUGCUGAAUUUUAAUAUUCCCGGUGUAAUCAAUUUUUUGUACCAUUGACCUUGAUUGUUUAUAUUAGCAUAGAAUCGGCAGCGACAAGCUGUCACUCAAUUUAAAGUUCGUUUCUACAUGAUGAGCUGGGAUUACCAAAAAUAUGUUUGUGACGAAGAUGGCUGCGGUGUAAAAUGUAAUACAAAAUGGACUUUGAAACGACAUUCUGCCAAGCACCAGCAAGGCUCCACUGCACUAUAUUAUUGCAGAAAAUGCAACAAAUCUUUUUCUCGCAAAGAUUCUUUAGAUCGACAUAAUCAUAUGAGUCACAGCGACAUAUUAUUAAUGUAUAUGUGCUCGGAGAAAGGCUGCGGCAAGCUUUUUAGUCUUAAAUCCACGCUUUAUCGACACAUAUCUUCACAUACGGGAUGCUUCAAAUGCGAAGAGUGUAACAGCAGCUUUACACGAAAGGACAAUUUAACCAGACAUAAAUCUGUUCACACCAAAAAGAAAUCGGCACAUCACGAGAAAUCUAUCGAAACUGAUGCAAAUGCCAAUGCUGUGAUUGAGAACAUCCCCAACCUGCUAGAUACAAUGGAAUGCAAUGAAACAGAUGAUGAUCAUAUAUAUGUAUAUAGUCAUGGAUAGAUGCAAGCGUAUCGAAAAUCAGAGUCAACCACUCCACCCGCCCAACAACGAUUGCAACAU